AUGAAGUAAAUACCCUUUAAAUAGGCAGUUUAAAUAUUAUCUUCAUCAUUUAACCACCAAUUCAGAUAUAUAAUUCAUGGUGUAUUUCUAUUAAGGGGAUCUGUGAUCCCUUUACCUAUUGUCUUUGAUGGCGAAAAUUAGGUUAUAAUUAGAAUUAAGGAUAGAUUCCACAUUAAUUCCGCAGGUUGAAUUCAUGUUACAGGAUAUCAUUAUUUAACCUUAAAGUAAUGCUGAUGAAGAUAUCUCAUGCAGAUGCCAUGGGCUUUGUGCAACUUGA